AUGAAACAAGAAAACAGCACAAAAAGUCAUAUUAUGAAAGCUGAAAGUUUACAAGAAAAUUUCUUUUAUAAAAGUCAGCAUAUUGAUGAUUUUGAAUAUGAGAUUUCUAUGGCUUUGGAUACGUCAGAUGAUCUCAAAUGCAAUUUUUUCACAGCCUUGGAUAUGUCGAAUAGCAGUAUUCAGUUAGCAGUUACAGAAGAAAUUGAAUUAUAA